GAGAAGGGUGUGGCUAGGGACAUUUGACACUGCUGAAGAAGCAGCUAGAGCAUAUGAUCAAGCAGCAAUUUUAAUGAGUGGCAGAAAUGCAAAAACAAACUUCCCAGUUACCAAAAAUUCAGAUGGAGAACCAAAGUCUAACGACAAUUCACCUUCAUCUCCAAAGGACUUAUCAGAAAUCCUCCGGGCCAAACUCCGAAAAUGCAGCAAAAUUCCAUCUCCAUCUCUUACCUGUUUGAGGCUUGACACUGAGAAUUCUCACAUUGGAGUGUGGCAAAAGAGGGCUGGGCCGUGCUCAGAAUCGAAUUGGGUGAUGACAGUUGAGCUAAAUAAGCAUAAUGGCAAUGCCGGAGAAGGCCCAUCUGCGUCUGAUUCGUCGGUGUUAGCCGGGCCGAAAAGGAGAGAGAUGGAUGAGGAGGAGAGAAUUGCACUGCAGAUGAUUGAAGAACUUCUUCACUUGAACAGUUCUAGCCCUCCAUUUGAGAUUCAGGAUGGAAACCGUAGCUUUUAUGUGUGAUCCUCUAGAUUCCAUUUUAAGUUAAUUGGUGUUUUUCAUUUCUAGAUGUCAUUCAAGAAGAAGAAAAAAAGAAGAAGAAUUUGCAAUAGAAUUAAGUGUUGAAUAAUGUUUAUAUAAAGUGUUACUCUAAUAUUGUAAUAUGUUAAUUUGCCCAAAAUUAAUAAAGUUUGGGGUCGUUGGAAAAAGGGAAAAAGUUUGUGAUUUAUGUAAUUGUAAUCUAUUUGUGGGACAUGUUGAAAUGCUAAUUAAGAAUCACAAGUAAUUCAUGAAUUGUG